AUGUCCCAGCUAAGCCUACUCAAGGUAUUGUCACAGUUACACUCUCCAACGGUCUACGUAAGGGUGGGAGCCCCCUGACUUCACAAGCAUCUUACAAGUACCACAAUCUCGGGAUCCGACAAAGGUCCCGCCACUGGUGAUGCCAUAGUUGACCUCUCAAUCGUGUGGCUCCACUAACUCCCACCUUGAAGUCAGCUGACCUUACGGAUCGACACCCCACCAGAGACUCCGAGCAGGGUAUCCAGGCUGGUAGAAGAUAACUUUGCUCAGGCGACCGAUGCAGGUAAUCAAAUCAGCACCAGCAAGUUAUCAGUAUCUAUUAACAAUUGGUUAGGACAUUGGUAAAAGGCGGGCCGAAAUAAGAAGCGAUUUAUCCCUUAGUCGCUCUGAAACAGUCAAAUCCGUCGCCAGGUACAGUAAUCAAAACAACACUAGUAUCCGGCACUAUAUGCCAGGAAGCACCCCAGCCCAGGGUCUCUAUCCUAGCCAGGCAUACUUCCUCCAGAUAAGUCAGCAGUUAGCUAUUUCGGGUUAUAAAUAUUGGAUUUCCGUUCAAGCGACUCAGCAUCGUAGGGGAGGAACAUUGAUUUUCUAACGGAUCACAACACCCGGAAUCCCCCAAAACAUGAUUUAGUGCGCCCGGCUACGAAUUCGACUGUUUCAGAGCGACCAAAAGACUGCAAGACCCAGAGUAAUCUGGGCGCUUUGAAAUGGCAAAUUAGCGUUUCGCCUGCCACAGCUGCCUGGGCAGAGGGCAACGUAAGUGAUUCAGAAAAUGCUUCCUGAUCAUUUACGCUAACUGGUGCUCGCUUGCUAUCAUAGCAGAGCUUUACAGAUCUUCACAUGGCUCCUGACACAACACCCAUCGAGGGUCCAGGGGCUGGAGGACCUGGUACGCGAGGGAGUUGGGAAAAACGAGGAACACAGAAACACAGAAGGACGGACAAGCUGCUCGAAGAGAAGCUUGAAAGGCGAGUACAGGAAACCCUUCGGAGAAAUGACUUGAAGGCCCGCAUCAGAGGACCCGAGAAAUGAUUUAGGCCCUGUUUGGCAUGCAAGAGAAAAUGGCACUCUUCCGACUAUAGCUCGACUUACAAGCCACCCUCAAGAAUUCAGUUUGAUCACAAUGCUCAGAAAAGCAGAUGCUAUCCGGAUAUGCAUUCUUUUAUACUCUUUGGUUGGAGGAAUUUGACCUUUAGCAAAAAUUGAGUUUCUCUCGCCUCUUUUCCUUUCGGUAAUGGAAUAUGGAAUUCACUAUUG